UGCCGCGGCGGCGGAAGGGGCGGAGGCGGCGGCGGCGCUGCCCCGGAACCAGCGGCGGGCCCGGCAUGGCGGAGGCGGGGGAGGCGGCCCUGCUGGCCUGGAUGGACCAGGCGCUCGACGUGGCUAAGGAGGCGCUGGAGAAAGGGGAGGUUCCCGUGGGCUGCCUGCUGGUCUACAACGGCGAGGUCAUAGGCAGGGGCAGGAACGAGGUCAACGAGACGAAGAACGCUACUCGACACGCAGAAAUGGUGGCAAUCGACCAGGUCCUUGAGUGGUGCAAGCAACACAAGAGGGAUUACAGGGAGGUGUUUCCGCAGCUGGUGCUGUACGUAACUGUAGAGCCCUGUAUCAUGUGUGCAGCUGCCCUGUGCUUGAUGAAAAUUCCACGUGUCGUGUAUGGCUGUCGAAAUGAGCGAUUUGGAGGCUGUGGCUCCGUGUUGAGCAUCUCGUCUGAUGAUAUGGUGGACUCAGGAGACCCAUUUGAAUGCUCUUCUGGCUAUCGUGCUGAAGAAGCAGUGGAAUUGUUAAAAGCUUUUUACAGGCAAGAAAAUCCCAAUGCACCAAAAUCCAAAGUACGGAAGAAGGAUCGUCGUCAGUAGCCCUACCCUGGUGGGACACAGAAGCACACCAAAAAAUUAUAUGUGAAGGUUUCUUCAGCAUGCUGCUUUUUUAAAUGUGCAGUUCAAACAAACUAUGUUUUAAUUUUCUCUACAGAGUUUUUACCAAUAGGAUACUUAGUAUCUGUUCCUGCAUUUCUUUAUUUAUGACUUCUUGUUAUCAUGACAAAACAAAAGAGUAAAUGGCUGUUUUUAGAAAGAGGAAAAUUGGUGGUUCAAGUCCACUUGUUUACAGACAGAUCCAUUAAAAUGGUGCUUCACAUUCUAGAAUAUUUUUUUCCUUCUAUGUGUGGAAAAGCUUUUCAAUAGCAAAUGUUUGCUUACGCAAGCAAGUAACUCUCUUGGAAGGUUACAUUUGUAAGUCCUUUACAGUCUGUGUGUAUAUUUAUUCAAAAGGCAUAUAAAGGAAUUGUACAAUCCUCAAAGACUUAGGACAAUUGCAAAUGUUUCCUCAUUCUUUUCUACCUUAGCAUAAGCUAGAUUUUCAAAGGUAAUUUUUUAAAGUCACAUAUCUGUGUAGACAGGGACAUACACACAAUCACAUGUCUGUUUGUGUCUGCUGUUGCUUAAUAAGGAUAAACAAAUAUCACUUGCCUGCACAGCACCUUCAUACAAAGUUGUGGAGAAACUCUCCACAACUCUCUUUAGCCUGUCUACUCCUCUUGUGAAUAUCAGUAUAAUAAAUACUUUAUUUUUAAGAAUCCACUACUCAGAAGUUGUUCUGAGCUCCUAAAUUCUAAAAAUUAUAUACUAAAUAUAUAUAUAUAUAUUGUGUGUAUAUAUAUAUAUGUGUGUGUGUAUAUGUAUUAGUGUGCAUAUAUAUAUGUGUGUGUAUAUAUAUUAGUGUGCAUAUAUAUAUAUGUGUGUAUAUAUAUAUACACACACAUAUAUAAUAAUUUUAUACUAAAUUAUAGUAACCAAAAUGGGCAAAUACAAGUGAAAACCCAGAAAUGAAGUUGGUAAUAACAUGAAUAAAAUAUAUUUAAGACACUUAUCUUUUCAUAGUGCUGGUUGGCUUUGUCAUUUCCAUGUACUUUGCUUGGCCAUGCAGUAAUUUAUAAUCCAGAAGAGGGCCUUCAAGUUCCACUAAUGAAUUAAGAAUACAAGUACGGUUCAAUCUUGAUUGUGUACCUCUUAGUGGAUACUUACAUGAAGGAUGAAAUUGUUGGUAGUUUAUUUGGCUGUUACUCAGAAAUUUGAGAAAUGCUGUAGCUUUUUUUGUUUUAUGCAGAAGAGUGUUCAAAAUUUUGUAACUAUCAAAACUGAAUACAGUUAAAUUUUUUAGCUAUUUCAAAUAAAUACUUUCAAAAGUGUUUUUAAGAAGAAUAUUAAAAGCAUUACUUUGUCACCAUUGCUCUUAAUAACUUUCAAUUUGUAUUUCAUGUUUUUACUCAAUGUUUACAAAAUGACAUGGGAAAGAAGUGUUUUUACCAUAAUAGCUAUUUUCAGAGUUUAGAAAUAAUAUUUUUGCCUUAAGCCUUUAACUGAUGUCAGUAGCCUAUCCUAUUCUCCUGACCAUUACUUAGAGCUAUCUUUGAGUCCUUGCCAUUCCAUAAACAAAAGUUAUGACUGUGUUUGUAGAUUUAAUCUGCCUCAGAGCUCGAAGGGCUUGUGAACCAGACAGCUAAGCUGGAAAACUAUUUAGGAAAAGACCAUUUUUAAUGACUGGGAUGGCUUUAUUGGAAAGAAACAGGCAUGCUUGUGUUUAUGGUAUUUGGCUGGUGAUAGAAGAUGGCAAUUUAUCACUAUAGAUAUAUUCACAUCUCAGCUGCACCCUAAUUUUCUUAUACCUUGAAGAAAUCACUGAAGUCCAAGUUAAAGACAUCAGACAUCUGGCUCGUCACUGAUCAGUGACAGUAGGAAUUGGAGCCUUCAUUCUGUUUUGAGCCAGGACCUAAAUCUCUCAACAUUGUUUCUUUUUCAGUGGGGCUAUGAGGACUUUCCUUUCCCAUUGCCUUCAGAAGGAUGUUGUUAUUGGAACAUGUGUGACAGUAGGAGCCAUGUAAAUAAGUAGAAAGAUUACUGGUAGUAGGACAAAACACAUUUUAAAAGCUUUGUCCAAUUUUUCAACCCUUAAGUUGGAACAAAAUAUUUUGUCAGUGGUAACCUGUCACUUAAUAAACAGUUUGAGUCUUGUGCAAAGUCAAAAGAGGCUGAAGAGGAUGAGAAAAAUAAAAAUUUCUUUUGAGAG